AUGCGGGGCCCUGGUUUUGUGCUGUGGCGCUUUGACCUGCUGCUGCUGCUGCUGUUUCUGCUUCUUCUGCUGCGGGACAUGCUGCCCGCCAAAGGAGGACGAGUCCUACAAGUACGUCGACCCCAAGGACCUGGAGGCACAGAUGGGCGCAGCAGUGGUGGUGGAGGUGGCCUGGAGCCCACGCUGCUGCACCCCAUCCCCAGUGCCUCGCCUGCUGCUGUGCCCCUGCCCGGCCCUGGGCGCCGGCAGCCGGCCCGAGCAGCCACAAGCGGAGACCUCUCCAGGCCAGGCUCUGGAGCUUGCGAGAGGGGCCGCCUGAACCCUCUGCAGCGGGACGUGCCUCUGCGCGGCCCUGCCCUGCGCUGGGGGGGGCCGCGGCUGUGGGUCCUGCAGCGGUGCUGGGCUGAGCAGGGUGUGGAGCCGCUGCACGCCAAGGCCGAGCAGCACCUGAUGUGCGAGGAGCACGAGGACGAGCGGAUCAACAUCUACUGCCUGCGCUGCGAGGCGCCCACCUGCUCCCUCUGCAAGGUCUUCGGGGCGCACAAGGACUGCGAGGUCGCGCCGCUGCCCGCCGUCUACCAGCGCCAGAAGAGCGAGCUCAGCGACGGCAUUGCCAUGCUGGUGGCGGGGAACGACCGCAUCCAGGCCAUCAUCACCCAGAUGGAGGAGAUCUGCCGCACCAUUGAGGAGAACGGCCGGCGGCAGAAGCAGCACCUGGGGCUGCGCUUUGACUCGCUGUACAGCAUCCUGGAGGAGCGGAAGAAGGAGCUGCUGCAGAGCAUCGCGCGCGAGCAGGAGGCAAAGGUUCAGCGCGUGCGGGGCCUCAUCCGCCAGUACGGUGACCACCUGGAGGCCUCCUCCAAGCUGGUGGAGUCGGCCAUCCAGGCCAUGGAGGAGCCCCAGAUGGCCGUGUACCUGCAGGUCUGGGUCUGCCUGCCCUGCAGGAUCACGGACAUGUCCAAGGUGUCGAUGAGCAGCCGCCCGGAGCCCGGCUACGAGAACAUGGACCACUUCUCCAUCAACGUGGACUAUGUGGCGGAGAUGCUGAGGACCAUCGAGUUCCAGACAGAGCCGCUGGGCGAGGAUGAGGCAGACGGACCUGGGGAUGGCAGCGAGACUGCGGCAGAUGAGGACCGGCUGGACAGCCUGGAGGUGCCCGAAGCCGCGGAAGAUGUGGGGCCGAGGCAGAAGCCGGCGAGCUCUCCCCAUGCCCUGCAUCAAGCAUGCCGUGAGCGCCGCGAGGAUCCUGCACCCCGUGCCUGUGUCCCCUGGGUGCAGCUCGCCCUGUCCCACGGCUCCGCCGCAGCGGAGGCACCAUCACACCCCACAAAACAGCCACAAUGCGACCUGGUGACCCCCUAA